GACGCUAGGUUCCUUCAAUUCUCGUCAACUUCAACUUCACCUGUCCGAACUCAACUUGCCCAGCUCGAAUUAAACACUACAGCAUUCAGCAAAUACAUAUUCAAGAAAGGAGAGAAUCUGCAAUUGGGAUGGCGGUGUUGUUAGAGGAUAUAGUGAAGUCAUUGGAGCUAUGGAUGGGACUGAUAAAAAAGACGCCGACGAUGGUUGACCCCACUCUCGACCCGGUGCUUCUUGUCCCAGGAAUCGCCGGCUCAAUUCUCAACGCCGUCAACCAUAAAACAGGUCGAUCUGAACGGAUUUGGGUCCGGAUCCUUGGAGCCGACCGCGAAUUCUGUGACAAGCUCUGGUCUCACUUCGAUUCUUCCACAGGUCAAACAGUGAACUUAGACACUGAUACGAGUAUUGAGGUCCCUGAAGACAGAUAUGGUUUAUAUGCAAUUGAUUGUUUGGAUCCUGACAUGAUUAUUGGCUGCGACAGUGUAUAUUAUUUCCAUGAUAUGAUAGUUGAAAUGCUCAAGUGGGGCUAUCAAGAGGGAACUACACUUUUUGGGUUUGGUUAUGAUUUUCGCCAAAGCAUCAGGUUUCAUGAAACUCUUGAGCGCCUUGCAGCGAAGAUGGAGUCAGUAUAUAUUGCCUCAGGAGGCAAAAAGAUAAACAUCAUUAGUCAUUCUAUGGGCGGUCUCCUUGUGAAAUGCUUCUUGGCCCUUCACAGUGAUAUCUUUGAGAAGUAUGUCAAAAGCUGGAUUGCUAUUGCUUCUCCUUUCCAGGGUGCACCGGGUUAUAUUACCUCAACAUUUUUGAAUGGAAUGUCUUUUGUGGAAGGGUGGGAACAGAACUUUUUCAUAUCCAAGUGGAGUAUGCACCAAUUGUUAAUUGAAUGUCCAUCGAUAUAUGAAUUGAUGGGUGCUCUAGAUUUUAACUGGGAACACUUGCCACUUCUAGAAGUUUGGAAGGAGAGCUGUAAUAGCAAUGGAGAUCCUACCAUUAUGCUGGAGACAUAUCCUCCAGUUCAAGCUGUAUCAGUUUUAAAGGAAGCUCUUGAAAAUAACAAGGUGACCUAUGACGGCGCUGAUAUAGCUUUACCGUUUAAUAUUGAAAUUCUCAAAUGGGCCAAUGAAACUCGAAAUGUGUUAAACCGUGCUAAGAUGCCUACUCAAGUCAAAUUUUAUAAUAUCUAUGGCACCAGCUAUGAUACUCCUCAUAGUGUCAGUUAUGGAAGCAGAGAUAAACCUCUCUCAGAGUUGAAGCAGCUGCCUUUUGUAACGCCCAAGUACAUAUAUGUAGAUGGUGAUGGAACAGUUCCAACAGAAUCUGCAAAGGCAGAUGGGCUUAAUGCAGAAGCAAGGGUUGGAGUUCCAGGGGAUCACCGAGGGAUCCUCUGUGAUCGUCAUGUGUUUAGGAUUGUUAAGCACUGGCUCAAGGCAGACCGCGAUCCCUUCUAUAACCCAGUUAAUGAUUAUGUUAUCCUCCCCACCUUGUUUGAUGAGAUGGAGAGGCACCAAGGGGAAGGUGGUGUGCAGAUAACAUCACUUAGAGAGGAAUGGGAAAUCAUAGCCAAAGACGAUGAGGAGAUUGUGAGGGAAGAUCAUAAUGUAGUGGGAGAUAAGACGGCUGUUGUGGGUUCCAUUUGUGUUUCUCAUGUUGGAGACGAUAAAACUUUGCGUGAAGAAGGUGCUGAUGCGCAUGCCACUGUGGUUGUGCACCACCAACCUACACUCGAUGGCUGCCUUGCGGCUGAGAUAAAUGGCAUGAUACCUGUUUCUGCAAAUGCUUGAAUAAAUUGUCACUGCCCUUGAAGUGAUUGACAUGUUGGGAUGACGGUUAUAUAACCCAUGUGUUUGCAAGAUGUUUUAGAGAACUAUAAUCCUUGUAUAGGCGUGUGUUGUACAAUCUAUUGUGUACAUAUACAGGGUAAUAAUGCUGUAUCCAAUGCAGGUUAAUCUGUAUCUCUGUGGACAUAAUCUAUUAUAAAUUAUCCCCUUCAGUUCUUCCGAAUCGGCAGUGCUCUAC